AUGGUUGAAAGUGAUAAGGCUUAUGAAAACUGUAAAGAAAAUUUUGAAAAUGAUAAAUUGCCUAAGUGUGAUUGUGAAAGGUUAAAGAAUAGAUAUACUUAUGAUUCAAAUAAAUGGCUUGCAAGAAAAGAAAAGACAGUUAAAAGAGAAAGUAGAUACACAUUGGAAGUCUUAGAAGUGGUUGAAGAUUAG